CUCAGGGACGUCAUUCGGUAGUCCCAGAACAUUGCCACUGAUUUCCAAGGUAACGUGUUCCGGUCGAGUCGUUUACACUUGGUUAUAAAUAUAAAAUUAGGAAGCAACAACGUCAAAUCAUUAAUUUGAUAGACAACAGCUCGUGUUCGUCUUCUUCUUCUUUCAUCGAUUUCUAGGUUUCCGGUCGCAGUUUUCUAAAAAUGGCUGAUCAACUUACCGAAGAACAAAUCGCUGAAUUUAAAGAAGCUUUUAGCUUAUUUGACAAGGAUGGUGAUGGUACAAUUACUACAAAAGAAUUGGGUACAGUCAUGAGAUCACUUGGUCAAAAUCCAACUGAAGCUGAAUUACAAGAUAUGAUAAACGAAGUCGAUGCUGACGGUAAUGGAACCAUAGAUUUUCCUGAAUUUUUAACCAUGAUGGCUAGGAAAAUGAAGGAUACCGAUAGCGAGGAGGAAAUUCGUGAAGCAUUCCGUGUUUUUGAUAAAGAUGGUAAUGGAUUUAUCAGUGCUGCUGAAUUACGACAUGUUAUGACAAAUUUAGGUGAAAAAUUAACAGACGAAGAAGUAGAUGAGAUGAUCAGAGAGGCUGAUAUAGAUGGCGACGGACAGGUGAAUUAUGAAGAAUUCGUUACAAUGAUGACAUCAAAGUGAGGUAUUAAGAUAAAUUUACAGACUCUAACUGGAUUUCAUUCAAAGUUUUCAUGUCAAGGGUGUUUUGUUUCAUUUUCAAAUGGAUAGGACGGUUAUAUUUCUUUGUUAUCGACAUAAAUGCCGUCCAUGUGCUCGGUUAUUGUGCGCACAAUAUUCAAGGAGUUCAACAACGAUGAGAGAGCUGUGUAUUCAUUAAUUUGGCUUAUUUACUAGAAUCGAACUCUAGUAUUGAUCUUUGACUCGGUAACUAUGGCAACUGGACGCUCAAGCUAGAUAACAAAGAAGUACAUUAUGGUAUGCGUGCUCAAUAAUAUAGAAUCAUUUUCUAUCCUAGUUAUAAUGUGAAUAUAAUAGUAUUUCAAUUUUUUUAUUUAUUUAUUCAUUGCUUAGAUUUGUCCUUUUCAGUCACCGUGUAAGGCUCACAUGUUAUUCAAUUAAAUAGAAAACCAGAAAAGAACUAUAAUGAAUCAUGUAUAAGUUUAAGGGUAGUUUAAAUAGACAAGACGAUAAUGUAGGGUUUGUUUUGCUAUAAAUAUUGAAGGUAUAUAGCAACAAGACUAUUGUUAUAUUCAAUCAGUUGAUUGAAUACCAGUUCUCACAGCGCUCAUUAAAAUAUAGAUAUCACACACAUCUAUAUAGUGUUACUCCUAACAACUAUGUACAUGUAUUGAUUGAUACUGUGGAUUAUUGACUAUAUUUGGUCACACUGAGUACUAUAUCUUGUUAUCAAUAUCAUAUUUCCGUAAUAUGCUAAUUAGACACUGAUUUGCAUAUUGAAUUUAACUAUUCCAAGCAUAGAUCUCAACUGAACUACAAUCAAUCUUUUUAAAGAAGUAGUUAUUUAAAGAAACGGUCUAAUUAGGUGUGAUACAUUUCAUGUUAAUUAUUUAGAUAUAUUGUAAAUUUGUCUAGUUUAGAAUCUUAUGACGUCAAUACUCAUGACAAAUGUAGCCAGGAGUUUUUUGAUAAAUAAAUGGCUUACAAAAUUUGUAUUUAGAUUGUGUCUCAGAAAAUUCCUCUUUGUCAACUCCCAAAUUAGGCUUCUCUGACUUUCACUCAUUACUUGAAAAAGGCAUUUGAAUAUGAAGUGUUCAUUCAGUUCAAUAAAGCAAAAAUAUAUUG